AUGGCCGGCAUGGGAGAAGGAAAAGGCAAGAAAGGCGAUAAUGGGGUUGGGAAUGCCAUCGACUUUGUCCUGUCGAAUGCCAGGCUAGUGUUGGGUGUCGGUGGAGCUGCUGUGUUGGGCAUUGCAACAUUGGCUGUUAAGAGGAUGUAUGACCGGGCCAUCAGUGCCCCCAGUAGCCCCAGCAAGAUGGAUUUGAGAUCUGCAAAGCAAAGCUGGGAGGAGCCCAGCUGGAUUGGGGCAUCUCCCCGUUUACUGAGCAGGGACAUGAAAGUAAACGUCAGCCGAUCUCUACAGACGCUGCCCACAACCUGUGAAGCAGCAGAUGGUCUCAAGGGUGCUAGUCCAAGUAAGAAAGCCCAAAUGGACUUGAAGAGAGCCCGACUCCGCCUGUCCUUACAGGACAAGCUGUUUGCGUACUAUAACAAGCACGUCGUUAUUCCGGGUGGGGAAGUGAGCCGAGCCAAGCAGGCUGCAUUGGACAUCUGCGCAGAGCUGCGGAACUUCAUCCACACCAAGCUUCCUGACAUGCCCCUCCGGGAUAUGUACCUCAGUGGCAGUCUGUACGACGACCUACAGGUCAUCACUGCAGAUCAUGUUCAGCUGAUGGUACCUUUGAUCCUGGAGAAGAAUCUCUGGGCUACGAUUCCAGGGGAGGAGACCAUCAUGAAUGUCCCUGGAUUCUGGCUGGUCCGCAGGGAAAACCUGGAGUACUUUCCCCGCAGCAGCAGCCACUGGGACCGCUGUAUUGUGGGUGGUUAUCUGUCACCUAAAGUGAUGAUUGACACAUUCGACAAGCUCUUGUCGGGGAGCAUCAACUGGCCGGCCAUCGGGAGCGUGUUGGACCUCAUCAUUCGCCCAGUGGUUCCAUCUGAAACAUUAACUUUAGAGGUUCAGUACGACAUAAGUAAAAAAUUAUUUAUUGACUUCCUGCCGUUGUUAGUGAUGGAGGACACCAUGCUGAUUGCCAAACCGCACCGCAACGGCCGGUACGAAAACAUGUGGCGGCAAAGCUUCAGAACUGCCGAGACUGCCAAGCUUCGGGCCCAGGACAAAGGGGACGGGGGCUGUCGCUGUUGCUGCCUCAAGAUACUGAAGGCCAUCUGCAAGUCCAACGCCCCCCUCAACAAGCUGACAGCAAGUCAACUGACUAACGUGAUCCUCCACAGUUGCGAGAAGGAAUCAGACUGGGCAGCAGAGAUGCUGGCUGACAAAUUCCUUCUGGUUCUCAAAGAACUGAUUAGUUACUUGGAGCAAGGAUUCUUGCCGUGCAGUUUAGACACCAAAGUGAACUUGUUCUUGGAACUUACAGAAGAGGAGAUAGAUGAUUUGGGAUACAUGCUGUACUGUUCCCUAUCUGAGCCGGAGACCCUCUUAAACACUUGAAUUGGGUGCGGUUGUACACAGAGGUUCAUACUUUGAUUGUUAUCAGGCUUCUCCAGAAGACCAAGUUAGACCAUUUAAUCAUCCUAUUGACCAGAUGUCUCUGUCCUGCAUUUCCUAAACCUGUAAUUAUGAUUGGAAGUUGCAUGAAAGUGAUUCCGUGGGAAGGGCUUCAAUGUUGUUUACAGUUUAGGGAGACGAACAAGAUCUAGGCUUGGGAUGAGUACUAUUUUGCCCAUUCUUGAGCCAAAUAUGAGAUAUAUAUUUCCCACCGUUGCACCAAAAUAUAGAGAAGUAAAAUAAAAAACAUUUUUAAAGAUUUGGAAAUAGGUUUUCAAAAUUGCAAAACUAUUAAUAAAGUCAAUUUGACUUGUCCAGUUACAUUUUCUGCUGUUUUUUUGAGAACCAAUAAUUUUGGGGACUGUUACGGGGAGACUACAUCUAAAAAGGAAUGUACACACAGAGGAUUAAAUAAUAUCAAACAGAAAUUCAUUUUUUCCUCCACCUGAGUCAAUGUGAGAAGCCGUACCACCUCAGUGGGUUGGUUGCACGUAAGGGUAUGUGUGACCUGAAACUUUUAAUUCAGCACGCAUUCUGACUCCAAAAUAAAAACAGAAAAAGCAGGAAACAUUCAGCAGGGCAGGCACCAUCUGUAAUCAAAAAUGACAUUUUUCUUUCACUUUCCACGGAUACUGCCUGGCCUGUUGUCUAUUUCUCAAUAUUUUCUGUGCUUAUUUCAGAUUUCCAGUAUCGUUUUUUUUUUAAUGUUUCUGUGAAAUUAAGAUUGAUCGGCUCCUGAAUGCUUUGAACGAUUAGCAAAUGAACAAGGAACAGUUGAGUCGGUGGUUACGACAUACUUAACUGCAGUUCCCGACUCGAUUGAAUCCUCUGGAAAAAAUAUUGAAUCCAAGACAAUAUAAAUUCAAAAUAAAAUGGGGAAGGAAACUCAUUACAUUUUAAAUUUAAAGGAGGCAUGAUUUAUUGUGGUGCAGAUCAUACCUAGCCGAUUACAGCAGAAAAUGUCUGUACUUAAUGGCCUGUGGAACAGUGGACUACAUCAAUAUUCUUAUAGAAUAUUGUGAAUGCUGCAAACUGAAAUAAGUAUUGGAAAUGCCAUUGUGGACAGGGAAGUACAAUUAACGGUUCAAGUUGAUGGCCUUUCAACAUUUCAUAUAACUACAACUGAUCAAUGCCUGUGUUUCUCAUGAGAGCUCGCACAUAGCUUUUUAUCCAUUCAUUCUUUGAAGGUGGGCAUCAUUGGCAGUGCUGGCAUUUAUUGUCAGGUGAGUCAGGAUUGGCAUGCACCCCAGCGAGGGUAAAGUUGGCAGAUUACUACCGAGAAGAACAUUAAUCAACUCGAUUAGUUUUUCCAACAACCCAGUUGUAUCAUGGUUACUGUUGUCAUUAAAUGCUAGAUUAAGUACUUGACUUUAAAUUCCUGUAAAAGGACGCAAACUGCUGCCUCUAUAUCGUUGAGACAGAUUUUUGUAGUCUAGUUCAGUGAUUUAACUUAGACCCUGCCAUUGAUUGAUGAAGGUACCAGUACAGUUCCUCCCUCAAAUGCUAAAAACCCCCCUUGUCAAGUCUUGAUUUUGUUUUUGUGCAAUGAAAGGGUUCCCUCAGUGAUACAGCAGUGAAAAUGUUUUUCUGCUCCCUAUCUAUGAAGCCAGGCUGUCUUCUACAGAUAAUUACUUUGUGUUUAACUAGCCAGCCGUUACACCUAGUUUAAUGAAAUAUAUUUAAUUGAAUAAAUAUCCAUUUUACUGCAUUGAUUUGAAAAGUUCUUUGGUGUUGUGAACUUGUAUUUUUCUCUAAAUAAAUACAUAGAAAUAUAGAAAAUAGGUGCAGGAGUAGGCCCUUCGAGCCAGCACCGCCAUUCAAUGUGAUCAUGGCUGAUCAUCCAAAAUCAGUACCCCGUUCCUGCUUUCUCCCCAUAUCCCUUGAUUCCGUUAGCCCCAAGAACCUGACCAUGAAGGUACGGUGUGAUUACACUGGAGAUGGUCAUCCACAGACAUGGAGGACUUGAAUGAUUUUAUGUUUUCAUGGAGAGUGGUUGAAAUUUGAAAACAUGGUUGUUGGAGGGAGGCACUAUCUCACAAUAUUUAAGUAUUUAUUUGACAUUUGAAACACCAUGACACAGUGUCAAAAGCUGAAAAAUAGGAUUAGGAUAGACGAUAGCUAAAGUUUCUUCGUUGCUGUAUAACUAUAUUCAGGAUUUUGAUUAUUGCCUUUUCCUAUUCCUAGUUUAGAAGCAUACAAGAUACUGGUCUUAUAAAGUAUCAGUAUUUAGUUAUUGAUAAGCUAACAUCUGUGGAGAGCAACAACCUAUUAUUUGUCUACAGAUACAAGUACAACUGGCUGUAUUUGAUUUUUUUAAUUUCCAUCAUCUGUCAUUUACGUUUUACUUUUGUGCUGUUAAUGCAUUGCUCUUUCUAGCAGCAUGUCAAGGGUGAUGCUGCUGAACUGGCUGAUCUCGAGGUAGAAUAGUCGGAGUUGCCGUCAGUGAGAUGUUCAGGAGAUUAAUCUCUGGCUGAAGAUUCCAGUUUGCUCAUCUGUUGCAAUGAGACCCAGGCUCCUGUGUGAUGCCAACCCACCAUCAUCACACCGCAUAGAACAGCGACAAAUGCUAAAGGCUAUGGGGAAGCUAUGAGAAAUACUAAGGUACAAGAUAUACAUAAUAAUGAAAGGAAUAGCAUGAAAUAUGGUAGGUUGGAAGGUUUGAGUGGCUCUUUGACUUUU